CCCACGGGCCCCGGGGCUCCGCCCGCCUCGGUGGCAGGCGAGCGCACAGGCGGCUGGCGCGCAGCUCCGGGCGCCCUCUCUUCAGUCCUCUGGCCGCCCGGUUCCACAGAGUGGCCGGGACCUGGAGCGGCGGCCAGGACUCCCUUCCCGCUCCCUCCCCUCUCCGCCCCCUCCGCCCGGCCCGACUCCCGGAUCUCGCCGAAGACAAUUGCAGUAAAUGAGGACAUCUGAGGAGCACGGAGCCGGGUGGCUGUGGCUCGCUCCGCCGCGCCGCGAUCGGGCGAGCGCGCGGGCGUCCCCGGAGCCGGCCGAGCCACUGCCUCCCCGCGCGCGUCGCUGAGCAGGAGCCGGAGAGACUCGAGCUGCGGCGCGGGGGCCGGCCGGGCCGGGCGGGCCGGGCCCGUGGCAGUGGAGGGGGCGGGCGGCGGGCACGCAGCUGGCCAAGUCCCCGGAGCCGAGCCUCCUUCGGCGCGAGCCCGGCGAUCCUUGCCGUGGAUGCUCUGCCCGGAGUGCUCCGUGCCGCGCCAGGCUUGCCAGGGUCCGCGGCAAGACAUGCCCGAGCCAGGCGCUGCACCGACCUCCACUUAUCAGUAAGCAGCCAAAGGCACCAUGGUCAGCAAGGACUCCGGCAGAUGCAUACUCACGACACCAGAGCGGGAAGUGGAGCCAGCCGCCUGUCUGGCCCUGGAGAUGAGAUAUGCCCUAGACCCCAACCGGCAGAUCAAAAAGCGGAACAAAGCCCUGCAGGUGCGCUUUAAGGAUAUCUGUGAGGCCCAGAAUGAGCAGAGGGACACACAGCUAUCUUCAGGACCUCUGGGGGAGAAGCGAGAGGCCAAGGCUGUGUCUUGUAGGGCAGCAUACCGUAAGUAUAUGACAGUGCCCGCACGCCGAUCCAUUCCCAACGUCACCAAGAGCACGGGUGUGCAGACCUCACCAGACCUUCGCAAGUGUUACCAGACAUUCCCGCUGGACCGCAAGAAAGGCAGUCUCAAAGGCCUGCCAGCUGCAGAUGCCUUCAAAAGCCAGAACAAUGGGUUUCUAGCAGAUUCGAAAGAGAAGAGUGAGGCAGGACCCAUGGAGGACCCCCAGCCUUGCAGUGCAGGAAGGAUUCACAAGACCACAGCGUUGGUUUUCCAUUCCAACGAGCAUGUGAAUGCGCUGGAUCAACCUUCUGGGGUCAACUGUGCAGAGCUCUGCAAGACUCCAGACAUGCUUGGCUACCCUGAAGCUCUAUUGCAGAACUCUCGGCCUCCCUCUGAGGAGCCCAUCCACCAGCUGCAGGCGAGAGCCAAGCUGGACAGGAGCACCCUGGACUCAGAGGAGCCCACUCCACUUACCCAUGGAAGGGUGUUUAAAACAGAGGUCGCCACUGUGUACCCUCCCGCCAUCAGUACUAGGGCCCCUGAGCCUGGCUUGUCAAACUCUGCUGCUGCCAGCCAGUGGUCUCUCUGCCCUGCAGAUGAGGAGCAGAGGAGGGCUGCCCACCUCAAUGGACUGCAGGCAUCCUCGGGCUCUGCUCUGGCCUGCUCACCCCCAGUGCAGUGCCUGUCCCCAGAAUGUAGCGAACAGCCCCUGCAGAACCAGCCUAGCCCCACAGCUGGGGUGGGGGAUGAAGAACGCCAUCAAAUUGUGCCUCACACAGAAGUGGUAGACCUCAAGGCCCAGCUGCAGGUGAUGGAGAACUUAAUCAGCUCUAGCCAGGAGACCAUCAAAGUGCUGUUGGGAGUCAUUCAGGAGCUGGAGAAAGGAGAGGCCCAUCGGGAAGGGCUUUCAUAUCGGACGGGGCAAGACACAGCUAAUUGUGACACGUGCAGGAACAGUGCAUGUAUUAUCUAUAGUGUGGAGCUGGAUUUUAAGCAACAGGAGGACAAACUCCAGCCUGUGCUGAGAAAACUGCACCCAGUCGAGGAAACUCAGGUCAUCCCUUCGCCUUACACUCAGGAGACUUACUCCUCCACGCCCAAGCAAAAAUCCAAAACUGAGUCCAAAAAGCACGGAAGGUGGAAACUCUGGUUCCUCUAAGACUCGUGGGCUUGGGAGUCCCCAGGCCGUCUUUCCAACCCACUGCGAUUUAAGUCAGUCCUUUUCCAAAACGGAUAGGAUCAAGGGAACGGCGGUGCCGACGCGUGCUCCCUGCUUCUCGCCCUGCGUACCAAAAAGGCCUUUGCACCAACACAUAAUUAGCAGCAGGGGAGUGACUGUCGCCCCUGGCCAGCUGUCCUUUGCAGUUCAGUGGUGUGGGGUGUCAAGUCUGAAAUAAAACUCACGUAAUCAAAGAUAAGGAAAAACUCUAACCCCUGGCCACCCCCCCCCCCUCAUCUAUGAACAAGUAUUGAGUUAUCAGCGUUCCAUGCGCCAGGCUGUCCCUCUGCAGACAGUGGAACUUUCCAUUAUUUUUGGCCUUUUAAUAUUAUUACUUUUUUUUUUUUUUUUUUUAAUGAAAAGAGAAAGCAAGCCUCCUAUCGGCAAAGGACUUCAUUUUUACCUUUCGUUUUGCAAAUAAGCAGGGGGCGAGUGCAGUUUUCAGCACAUUUAAUUCCGGAGAAAGCACAAUUUUUUUCAAGUGGUCGGAGACCAUGAAUAAUCUCGAAAAUGUGACUCUAUGUAUAUCUGCCUUCGUGUGCUGUAGCGCUAAGCCAAGUGACCACAUCUCAGUGUCACAUUGACACCACAGAUUUAGCACCCUCUUCAUCUCCAGAUGGACGACAUGUUUACUGCUCAUUUUCCAAACGGCCAGCAGCCAGGAACCACCCCCCCCCCCAGCCCCGAGUCAGGAUAUGCCUUCAAUCACUGCAAGCUGACAGGGUCAGAGCUAAUGGACACUAAGCUUUCUUAGGUCUUGUUUUCUAAUCUUUGGGUACCCGAAGGCCAAAUGAUGAAUCUGGCAAGAAUUUGAAAA